AUGGUGGAGUCGUGGAUCGACUCAAUAGAGACACUCUUCGACCACCUGUACACUUUGGAGAAAGAUAAGGUGUACCUUGCCACUCAUUGUCUCGAGAAGGCGGCGAAGGUGUGGUUAAAGCGGGUGAAACGAGACUGGUCCUCCGACCUUCCGCCGAUGCUAUGGGAGGAGUUUAAAAAGACAAUGUUCGCAAACUACUUUCCCGACACUAUGAAACGGAAGCUACAAGAGAGGUUUCACUGUGUCCAGGAUGUUGUUCGAGAUAAUCGGGACCGGGCCGAUUGGUUCUUGCGAGGGCUUCGGCUGGGGAUAUAUAGGGUCGUGCAGCUAUUCAAGCUCACGACCUUUGCCGAGAUAUUUGACCGAGCACUGUGGGCAGAACACAGUGAUGCCCACGUGCGAGAAGAGCGUGAGCUUUUGGCCGAGUUGAAGGACAAGGGGAAGAAGCAUCCGAGCGGUGGUUCGGGAGGACAAUCUAGUUCUAAGAAGCCCCCGAAGUAUCCGCAAUCGCAGUCUAGAGGCCAUGGAGCGCCGCGAUGUGUCAUCUGUGGUGGAGACCACCCCGCGUCACGUUGUAAUCAGCGGCAAAGGAAGUGCUUCAAGUGUGGGCAAGCGGGACACUUCAUCCGUGACUGUCGUGGAGGAGCCUUGCCUGCCCCGUCUAUCGCAUCGGGUCCAGCGACUCCGGCACAUUAUGGAGGAGCCCCACUGACAGCAGCAUCGGCUGGACACGCGAUGGUGCCGCGUCAACCUGAGAUAACGCGAUCGGCUCCGAACGGACGUGUAUUCGCCGCUCAAGCCGAGGAGCCUGUCGAAGCUGAGGAGCGCCACGUUGUGGCAG